UUCUAUUGUUUACUUUCACACUUGCAUGUUGUGACGGUUAAUCGUGCAAUGAAGAAAAUUCCGAUCUCUAGCUAGAAGAAACGGAUUAAGUUUAAAACAAAAAAUGUCAACAGAAAUAAAACAGGUUCAACAAAUCAAAUUCCAUAUACAAGACAAGGAGUACACCGUCAAUGUCGACGACGUAUCUCCCACUACGUCCCUGAACAGUUACAUCAGGGACACUUUACAAUUAACAGGUACCAAAGGUGUAUGCUUUGAAGGGGGUUGCGGGGCGUGUACUGUGGUGUUGUACAUGCACGACCCGAACACUGAAAAAAACAUCUACUUAGCCGUGAAUUCGUGCCUCAUCCCUCUUUUAUCUUGUAAUGGAUGGACAAUUUAUACGAUUGAAGGUAUCGGGGACCCCCUCAACGGUUAUCAUGUCGUCCAAGAAACUUUAGCGACUUUUAAUGGAACGCAAUGCGGCAUGUGUUCCCCCGGAAUGGUGAUGAACAUGUAUGCGUUGUACGAAUCCGGAAAACUAACAAUGAAGGAUGUUGAAAAUUCAUUUGGUGGCAGCAUAUGUCGUUGCACUGGUUACAGACCAAUACUUUCAGCUUUUAAAUCACUUUGCACAGAUGUCAGUCCCGAGAUACUUGGUCAUUAUCCCGAUAUAGAGGACUUGAAGAUUUGUAAAAAAGAUAAAUGUGAAAAGAAGUGCACGACGAAGUGUGACAAGAGGGGUAAAGAACCUUUCUAUCUCCAAAUGGCUGCUGCGCAGUGGAUAAAGGUUUUUUCUUUGAGUGAUCUGCUUUCUGCGUUAAGUACAUCAGGAGGGGCGACUUACAAACUAGUAGCCGGAAAUACAGCCAUGGGUGUAUUUAGUUCAUAUAGAGCCUCGGUAGAUAUCUACAUAGAUGUUACGUCAGUCCCCGAGUUGAAAGUCAGCGAAUUCGUAGGUGAGACAUACGUGUUGGGAGCAAAUACCACUUUAACCACCGCUAUGGACGUGUUCAACGAAGUCGGAGCCGAAAAUCCCCAAUUUUCUUACUUCAUAGAAUUAGCUAAUCAUAUUGACUUAAUUGCAAACGUCCCUGUGAGGAAUACUGGAACAAUAGCCGGAAAUCUUAUCAUGAAACACGACAACCACGACUUUCCAUCUGAUAUUUACCUUAUUUUAGAAACGGUUGGAGCCAAGCUUACUAUAGUUGGUGUCGAUGGACAAGAAGCUCAAUUGUCUCCGGAAGAAUUCAUAAGCCAAGACAUGAACUUAAAAGUCUUAAAAACGAUCACUUUUCCGAGUUAUCUGAUGGAUAAUGUCAAGUUCGUGAGUUAUAAAAUCAUGCCGCGUGCUCAGAACACCCACGCAAAUGUAAACGCAGGAUUCUUAUUCCAAUUCAACAUCAACGGAACGCUAGAUUCUGCUACAAUCGUCUAUGGAAACAUAAAUCCGACUUUUACACAUGCCACAGCAACCGAAACGUUGUUAGCUGGGAAAGAUUUAUUUGAUGACAAUGUUCUACAACAAGCGUUGACGUCAUUAUCCAGCGAGUUAAUAUGUGAUGUAAUUCCACCUGAUCCAUCACCAGACUAUAGAAAACAAUUGGCAAUGGCGCUCUUCUACAAAACAGUUCUGGCGAUUGCUCCUGCUGAUAAAUUAUCACCGAAGAACCAAUCCGGUGGUGCUAUGCUAGAGAGACCCAUAUCUACAGGUGUACAAGAUUAUGAAACCAACGCCUCUCUCUACCCCUUAACACAAGCAAUACCUAAAAUUGAAGCUCUUGCCCAAACUUCUGGUCAGGCUCAAUAUGUCAGCGACUUACCUGAUUCUCCCCAUCAGCUCUUCGGCACGCUUAUUCUAGCCGAUGCUCCGCCAAACUCCACGCUCAAAAGCAUUGACGCUAGCAAAGCUUUGGAAGUUGAAGGCGUUGUCGCAUUCUACAGCAAAGACGAUAUUCCAGGCGACAACAACUUCACUCCCUUGGAACUAUUUUUCCAACAAGCUGAAGAAAUUUUUUGCUCGGGACGUGUGCACUAUCAUCACCAACCUAUCGGGAUUUUAGUCGGAGAAUCCGAAGCCAUUCUACGAACGGCAUCCAGUUUGGUAGAAGCCACUUACGAUCCUCCUACAGUAGGCCCUUUGCUUUCGAUACGUCAAGUUUUACAAGCAGAUCGCACAGACAGGAUUCAGGAAAUACGGACGAUCGAACCCACAAGAAAAGGCACGGAUAUCACGCACGUUGUAAAGGGUACUUUUGAUAUUUAUCAUCAGUACCACUUCCACUUGGAGCAGCAGUGCUGCAGCGUCGUACCAAACGAAAACGGUAUGGAUAUUUUUCCGUCAACGCAAUGGAUGGACCAAAUCCAGAUUGCCGUUGCCAAAAUGCUUCAAAUCCCCAAUAACAAAAUCCAAGUUAGUGUUCGGAGAUUGGGGGGCGGUUUUGGUGCUAAAAUUAGCCGCAAUGGGUUGGUUUCAUGUGCGACAGCCCUAGCAGCCUGGAAGCUGCGAAGACCGGUAAAGGUGAAUUUGUCGUUCUCGGAUAAUGUGCAAGCAAUUGGAAAACGGUUUCCGUUUUCGUCGGAUUACGAAGUCGGGCUUAACGACCAAGGGGUCAUUCAAUAUCUGACAUGCACCCACUAUUCGGAUCUGGGAGCCAGUAUUAACGAAAUUCCGUAUGGCGAAAUUCUAAACGAUUUCUUGGGUAGUUACGUUAACGAUACUUUUGAAAUACACAUGAAAGUAGCGGUCACUGAUACACAUAACAACACGUGGGCUCGUGCUCCAGGUAGUACGGAAGGUGUUGGUUCAAUUGAAGCCAUAAUGGAACACUGUGCGGUAGAACUUGGGAUGGAUCCCAUAGAACUGAAAAAGGCAAACUUUCAACAAACCCCAAUUUCAACAUACAUUGAUGAAUUGAAAACGUGGGCGGAUAUAGAUACAAGGAAAGCUGAUAUAGAAACCUUCAAUCAGGAGAAUCGAUGGAAGAAAAAAGGGUUAGCUAUGGUUAACAUGACUUACAAUUUAGGAGCAUCGGGACCUUUUUCGGUUAUGGUUUCUAUUUUUCAUGGCGACGGAACAGUUCAAAUAUCUCACGGAGGAAUUGAGAUGGGUCAAGGCAUUAACACCAAAGCAGCCCAAGUGUGCGCAUACAAAUUUGGCAUCGACUUAAAUUUCGUAGCCGUCCUUCCGAGUAACAGUUUCACUUGUCCAAAUAACGUGGUAACUGGUGGCAGCGUAACUUCUGAAGCCGUCUGCUAUGGAGUAAUUCAAGCUUGUGACCAACUAAUCGCGCGUAUUCAACCAUACAAAGACAAAAAUCCCAACGGGACUUGGCCCGACUGGAUAACAGCUUGUCACGAGAAUUUUGUUAAUUUGGCGGCAAUCGGAAUGUUUUCACCAAAAGAGCCCAAUGUUAACGAGUAUCCGAUUUAUGGAGUUUGUGCUUGUGAAGUUAUAAUAGAUAUACUCACCGGCCAACACAUCGUUAACAGAGUCGAUUUACUAGAAGAUGUGGGUCGAUCUAUGAGUCCUUUAGUUGAUAUUGGCCAAGUCGAAGGUGCUUUUAUAAUGGGAUUAGGUUACUACACGACUGAAGAAAUUGUUUACAAUUAUGAAGGGAAAAUAUUGACGGACAGGACUUGGAAUUACCGUCCGCCGGGUGCUAAGGAUAUUCCAGUCGAUUUUAGGGUCCAGUUAAAGAAAAAUAAUCCAAACCCAGUGGGCGUGCUAUAUUCUAAGGCUACUGCGGAACCUCCUUUAUGUUUGUCGAUAGUGGUUCCACUAGCGAUCAGGAAUGCUCUAGCAUCGGCGAGAUUGGAUGCUGCGUCGACUAACGCAAAAUGGUUUCCUAUUGAUGGGCCGACGACUAUAGAGAAGGUGUUCGUGAACAGUCUGAACGAUUACAAGCAAUACGUGCUAUAAUAAAGAAUUUAUUGGGGAAAUAAAUACACAAGUUAUGUAAAUUCGCUUGAAAUAAAUAACUUCAUGAUCGGUU